AUGGCGGAGUCCUUUGAGAUGUUCUGGGGAGGCGCCCCGGUACUCGAGCCGACAGGUCGAGAUGAGCGCAUUGCCGCGGGAGACGAAGUCGCGGCGAUCGAGGAGGAAUACGACUUUGACGGAGAUGAUGGAGAAGUCGAGUACUACAACCCGCAGACGAAGGAGACCGCUCGCGGAGUCAAGAAGCGUCGACUCCGAGUCGAGGGCGGCACAGCACCUCUCGCAAAACCCAUCACGGUCGACUACGAUUCCGACGACGGCCGUAUCAUCGAGCUCAAACAGCAGGGCUACUCAGAUGCGCAGGUUGCGGACACUUUGCGCCAGGAGGGACGAGUUCGAUACACAGACAAAACCAUUGGAAGCCGGUACCUGCGCCUUCGCAAGGCGGUACUAGAGAAGGAGGACGAGGUGCUGGACGACGAACUGAGCGACUGGCAUGUCGGCGAGGACGACGAACUCCUCCCACUCUCCGCUCAGAUUGAUAAGAAAUUCGAUUCCAUGAUCCAAAAGCUCGAGGAGAGGAAAUGGCGGGAUCUUGCACAUGCCCUCGCGGAGAAGCUGGGUAAGAGGAAAUAUACCCACAAGGCGGUGCGCGAGCGUGUCGAAGCUCUCCGAGCCGGCACGGAGCUCUGUCCCAUUGAGCUCGAUGACGAUCAGACGGGCCGCCGUACCUUGCGCGAGACUCGAAUUGCAGCAGCCAAGGCAGCUCGCGCGGAGAAAGUCGCCGCGGAGAAGGAAGCUGAAGAAUACAAGAAGUCGAAGACUGCGGCUCGAAAGCUGGCGAUUGCAGAGGCCAAUCAGAAGAAGGUCCAGCUCCAACUCAAGCGUCAUGCUGAUAAGAAGGAGCGUCUGCGCAUCCGCGAGGAGCGUAAGACUUUCCGUGAGAGGGCAAGAGUCAGCCGCCUCGCCAUCCUCGCACAGAUGCGCGCUCAGCGUGACUGGGAAAUGGAGCGCAGCCGCCGGGAGAAACAACUCUACAAGCAGAUUAUGGGUAUGGACAUGAAUGGCAAGCCAUGCAAGUCUAGCAGGACUCUCCGAAACUCGCGCAACGACUCGGGUGAUGAGAGCGAAGCCAUCAACGAGUUCGAGAGCGACGAAGAGGAAGCAGAAGCCCGGAUGACCGAUGAAGAAGAGCAAGAUGCGGACGAUGAGAGCGACGACCCAGUUGAGAAAAUCGACAACUCGGACGACACUCCCCGCCGGAGCAAGACCCGCCCUGCCAACGGUGGGCUCAACAUUCCUUCCAGACCUAAACCUGUCGCGGAGAGGCGAUCCCGUCGUUCGAGCGUCGCUCGCGCUACCACUUCCCGCUCCAAGAGCCGCAACCGUGCCAAUCAACUCGCAAACAACACCACAAAAUCCACCCUCAUCACAGAGAGCACCCUCCUCUCCCCACGCAGCAUCAUGUCACACGCCGAACUCUCCGGUCUCUGCCACACCCGCAACCUCCCAACGCAUCCCGAAUCCUUCGAAUCCCAGCCCGAACUCGUCGCCCGCCUGCACGCCGCCGACCACGCGCUCUCCGUCCCCGAGCUGGACAUCAUGCUCAAGGCAUCGGGAUGCUACGCCGGUGGCGGCGGUAAAGCCGCGAAGAUCAAGCGUUUGCAGACAACGCAGGCGGUGGCGUCGGAGAAAGGUGGGUUCGGGCUGACGGCGGACGAUGUGGAUUUCAUGAGGGAGUAUGAGGGAUACAAGGGGGAGUUUGCGUAUUUGCUGGAGAAGGCUGAGGAGGGUGUGCUCUAG